CCAAGAGAUGGCGAGUCUGGGACCAGCGCGGGAGAGCCAUGGAGAUGAGCCAAAGACCGGGGACAGAGGGCAGAGGACGCGGGGAGAGGAGCCAGAGCCCGGGGACAGAGCGCAGAGGACUCGGGGACCAGAGACAGAGACCGCGCAAGGGGACAUGAGGACCCGGGGACCAGAGCCAGAGCUCGGGGACAGAGGGCACAGGACCCGGGGAGAGGAGCCAGCAGUCCCCAGGUGCGCUAAGCGGUCUUCUCCCGUACCCCGCAGCCUCCUGGAGCCCGGCUGGAACCUCUCCUUCGCGGGCUGUGGGUUCAGGAGCGUGUACUACUUCGGGGCUCUGAGUUGCCUCCUGGAGCGCGUGCCUGAGCUCGUGCACGGUGCGGCCCAGUUCAGCGGCGCGUCCUCAGGAAGUCUUGUGGCCGCGGCGUUGGCAGUGAACGUCCCCAUCAGUGUGAUGGUGUCAGAACUGGUUGCCAUGGCAUUGGAGGCACGGUCUCUCACAGGUGGCGUGUUCAGUCCCGCCUUCAGUCUGCAGAGACGUGCACGUGACUCUCUCCUCAAGCUCCUCCCCCUUGACGCCCACGUGCACGCCUCCCGCCGGCUCUGCGUGUCCCUCACCAGAAUGCAUGAUGGGAAAAACCUGCGGGUCACAAGCUUCAGGAGCAGAGAGGAGCUAGUACAGGUUUUAUUGUGCAGUUGUUUUUUCCCAGUUUACUGUGGAUUCAUACCUCCAACCUACAAAGGAGAGUGUUACAUGGAUGGGGCGCUCAGUGAUAACCAGCCUCUGUCUGAGCUCCCAAACUCGCUCCUGUUUUCUCCUUUCUCUGGAGAGUCCGACAUCUGCCCCAAAGAGUCCGGCUUCUCUCCUGUGCAGUUCUGUUUUGGAAAUCUGUCGAUCGAGGUCAACACUGGAAAUGUACACCGAGUCUGGACUUCUUUCCUUCCCCAGACUCCACAGGCGCUGAUGCAGAUGUGUAUAAACGGGUACACAGAUGCUCUCCGCUUCCUCUCAGACUCAGGUCAAGAGCAAAGCCAGAAUCUUCAGAGAAGGUCCUUGGACUCUGUGAAGAACAGACUGAAGAUCUGCAGAGACAAGGAGAGAGGAGACAAGGAGAGCAGUGUCCUUCCAGGAGACAUCUCACAAGUCCUGAUUUUGGCCUGUUCGGAGCCUCCCCCUCGCCCUGCUCACUUCUCUGACCCCCCUGUGCUCCACAUAGUUCUGGGUUUAGUUCUGGAUCUGCUCCUGGUUCUGAUCCAACUGGUCCUUCUGCCGUUUGGACUCCUCAUCAAACUCUCCAUCAGACUUUUGUCAGUGUGCAGCUGUCGUAGUUCUACCUCAAACCUCCAGAAAAGACCAAUGACUUUGGACAAAAACAGAAAUCUCAUGUCGACUCAAGGAAAGAAAAACUGAUAAUGAUUCUAGGAGCCAUUGAGGAGGAGUCAUUGAUGAAGGCACUUAUUUUAAUACAAAACCACAAAACCAUGCCAAUCUGUGUCUGUGUCCUGUGUCUAAAAAAAUGUCUGUGUGUGGGGGGAUUACAAAAUUUUAUACAAAAAAUAAAUCAAAAUAGAAAUUAUUAAUUUAGAAAUUAUUCUAAAAAAUUGGGGUAUUUCUAAAAAAAAGAAUGAGAAAAAGUUAGGAAACAAAAUCAUAAUUUUAAUAAACAAUUUUUAAAAAUUUGUCUUAUGUCCAAACCUCUGAGGACGUGGUGGCUCUCAA